GGCCUCACCCUUGCCAGCAGAGAGGCUUGGUUAGAGAGCAAAUGAUCUGGAUUUAGCCGUAAAUGGACAGCAUGUUUACGCCCUAUUCCGAGCUAAGCCAGACUGGUCUAGUGUACGUGGAAUCUCCAUACAACCGCUCCUGCUAGCCCCAGACUAUCGAUGGACGCCCCCGCUUUAUACGCCCGGUAAAUGCGCAGAAUUACCACGAAUUACGAGAUCCAGCCAAUGACCGCGCUCCAUUUCCCCGUGACCCAGCGGCAUGAAAAUCGAACCGAAAUUCCUUAAUCCACCCGUCUAACCCCCAACCCCUCUCAGACCCCUCACAAUCCCAUACAAAAGCUGUGCCAUCUAGACCUCCAGAGCCUUCCCUUUCUUACAAAUAUUCCCAUUCUUCAAACGUCAUCCCAUCUCUUCAUGAUCCCCGUACAGAUACCGACACACAUUCAAACGAAAGCCGUUCGAUCAAUACGAUUUCCUCAUAAAACCCACUUCCCUUUCCUUUUCCCAUCGUCUUCUUCUUCUUCUUCUCCAUCACAUAACUUCGUCGCAUUCUCUCGACGAAGUUCUCCACCAUCCAAUAUUUGGACUUCACGCAAAACAGACUUAACUUUCAAGAAACAUUCCCAAAACUACGUCCAGCAACAUAUUCGAAAUAUUACCAUGUCGUCGGCCGCUACCAUUUAUGAGUUUGAACCUUUGAAUAAAAAAGGCGAACCAACACCCCUCUCAGAAUACAAAGGCAAAGUCCUUUUAAUCGUCAACACCGCUUCCAAAUGCGGUUUCACGCCUCAAUAUGAAGGACUCGAAAAAUUAUACAAAGAUAUGAAGGAGAAGCACGGUGAUGAUUUCGUCAUCUUGGGUUUCCCUUGUAAUCAAUUCGGAGGUCAAGAUCCGGGUUCUGAUGAGGAAAUUCAAAGUUUCUGUCAAAUUAACUAUGGUGUCUCUUUCCCAAUUAUGAAGAAAAUUGACGUGAAUGGUGACAAUGCUGCUCCUCUUUUCCAAUGGCUUAAAUCGGAAAAACCAGGUCUUCUCGGUCUUCAACGCGUCAAGUGGAAUUUCGAAAAGUGGUUAGUCGGUAGAGAUGGAAAGGUUAAGCAAAGAUGGGCAUCCACAACCAAGCCAGAAAAUUUGGAGAAAGCAGUCACAGAUGCUUUGAAUGAAUCCAAGUCUGAGCUUUAAAGGGAUUGGAAAAUUGGGCGGAUGUAUGAUUGAUUGAAAAGUAAGAUGGAAAGGAAAGUCUUUUGGACAUUUUCAAUUGGGUUUUGAUUGUUGGGUGUUUGUCAUUUGAGAGGUGGAUAUCUGAUUAAUUCGUGGGUGUGAACUUCUUUGCUUGCGGGGAUUAUACCAUAGAAUGAGAAAGUUUUUUUGGAUUCAGCUAAAGGAUUGGUUCAUAUUUUUCUGCCUUGAAGAUGGUGUGUAUGUGUAUAUGUAUGUGCAUGCUAUUUUACAUGAUCACUCAUCAUUCCUCGUCCGAAGAAUCCGAAGAAUCCCAAGAAUGUAAGGAAGCGGGUUCAAAGUGGACUCCUUUCCCUCUCUCACUUCCUCCCUUCGCUUCAAUUUUUUUCCUUGCUUUAUAUAAAUCUCCUAGAUUUCUCAUGCUUCCCAUAUCAUCGAAAGUCAUGGCAAGAUUGGAAGCUCAUGAGAUGAAUUUUGCUGUGCUGUCCCAGAUUAUUAGCUUGAUGGGCUUUGUUUCUGUUUCUUGUGUUUACCUAAGUAACCUACAAAUAAAUCACA